AUGCCUGCCAUCGCCCACCUUGCACCUCGCUUCCUCGAAGGAGGCUCUACUGGAGGCAUAUCUGGGACCGCCAUCGCCGUGCUUGUCGUGGUCGGCAUCAUCCCUGUCAUCGCCCUCAUCUGGGUCUGCAUAUGGCUGCUCUUCUUCUACAGCAGCGGACGCAACUGCUGCUGCAUGCGCCGCAAGACAGCCAAAUCGGAGCCUGCAGCAGUCGAGAGCCUUUCCGGUGCGGACACGCUGAAUGAGAAGCACGACUACACCAUGCCGCAGCGACCAGAUCCCGCCUGGAGGACCGAGAGUGGAUCUUCCAGCGAGCGACCGAGAGACAACAGGGGAACUUUGAAGAAGCACCACGCCAGGGAGAGCAUCCAGAGCCAGUGGAGCAGCAACAGCACCGUUCCUGUUGUGCAGGAGCCCAAGCAGAUGGUAUGA